GCUGCGCAUGCUCAGUCAGCGUGUGGACCGACAGGGGUUCUGAGCUACAAGGGAAGAGCCGCUGGGUACGCAGCAAAGAGCCACAUGGGGCUCGCGAGCAGCGGAGUGAGUAUCCUGCCCUGUGUGUCCCAUGGGGGGGAGCAGCUCUGCACCCCCUCACUGACUGCCAACAUGACCUGACAGCCCCCCAGCUGGCACUGUGAUAAACACCAGCCACUGCCUGACAUGGGGAAUCUCCUGGUCCUCACACACCACCAGGGGCCCCCAGGGGCCAGGUCACUGAUGGCUGUCAGGAUUCUUUUCACACCUUUUGUGUGCUAACGUUCCACACAAUGGGCUGGCUGCGAGUCAUGGGAAGUGUAAAUAGACAGCAGCUGUGGUUUAGGCUAUCAUUGGUGGGUUUAGUACAGGUGAGUCAACCUGGGUCUAAAAAAAUAAAAUUAAAAUCAUAAAAACCUGAGAGUUUGUGGUCCUGCAGAUCUAGAGCAGUAAAAAGUACUAAUAAGGUGAUGUUUACCCAGUGAACUCUAGUAACCCCUUUUAGCUCAUUUCCUGGUAACCUACUAUAAUUUACACAAUCCACUGUAAUUUACACAAUCCACAAUUGGGUUUUUGGAUAGUUUUUUUUAUACCAGGAGAAGCAAUAAAUAACUGUCCAGCUGUUGCUGAGCUCUGCAAACAGCAUGUGGAUGUGUUGCCAAAGGAUGAAGGUUGUUAUAGUGCGGCAGUAGCUAGAGUUAUGUUGGCAAGCGCUGCUCUAGCACCUAGACCAUAACGCACAGCCUUUGAUGUAGACUUUAUGGUUGCAUGGUUAUUAGGGAAAGAAAUAAUUUUACAAAUAUUUACAUAUUGUGAUUAGGGAUGUGGUGUAAAGUGCUAGUGAAUUGUGGACUGGAAAGUGUAUUAUAAAUUUUAAUGGUACCAUUAUCACUACAUCACCCUAUAGUAGUUAUGAUGUCAGAAGUGCCCUGAUGUUGCCAAAUUGUAAGUAGAUAAGUUUUAAAAUGGUCUGACUUCUUCUCCAGGGUCUACCAUAAGUCGGGAUGGGUAAAUAGAGCUCUCCCCUCCUGCCGGUCAUUGUGUAGUGUGGACUCAUGGACUGCAUUAGAGGAUCUUCUUUAUUCUGUCAUUAUAUACAUGCAGGCUUAUAUUGUUUAGUUACAUUUUUUUAUUAGGCAUAUUCUAAACUGUUUGUUUGCUCUCUUGAAGAAAUAUGAUUUUUAUGUGCUAAAUAAAUAUUACCGCCAACAUUUAAUAGCCAGAACUUCACAUUUCUUAUUCCAAAGAUAGUGUUGCUUUUAGGAAACCCAAUAGAGUCUUCUACCACACCUGGAGCACAAAGGAAAUGGUCUGCAGUCCCUUAGAAGUAUCCAAAAUCAGAUUCCAAAGACUUCACAGAGUAGUGCAAAUAGGAAGGAGAUUUAUUCAGGAUCAGGAGAACACAAUUAUAUACAUUUCGGUGUCACAUUUUAUUCCGAUUAGCAAAAUAGCCUUAUUAAAGGAAAGCAGCAAUUUAAAAGAACACUAUAUAGUCUUAGUAUACAAACUUGUGUUUCUAAUGCUGUUGGCCCGUAUCCCAUAUGCCCCCCUCCCGACCUGCAAUAAAAAUAAUUUAAAAAAACAGGUAUUACUUACCUUUUCAACAGCGGCAAGAUUUCAUUGGUGCUGAUGCCCACUCUGCCUCUCGUGAUGUCAUCUUGUUUAUGAAGUGCCCCUAUGUGUGUCUGCCUCCUCCCCCAAUGUAAACAUUGUAGUUUUUACAUUGCAGCAUUAAAAAUUAGAGGGUCUCCUCCCAGACCACUUCAUUGAGAUUAAUUAGUUUGGUUGACUUGGUGAUCCUCUGAUAACUCAUAACUGAACUGAUCAUUGUGGAUUAGCGAUAACUUGCAUUUGAGUUUAAUAUGUAUUUGGCAAUAUGUGGUGUUCUAUAGCUGUACAUCAGUUUAUGAACAAUUAGGAACCUGAAUAUUUAGAUCAUAUUUUUUUUUGUCCUCUAGUGAAAUGCUUUUUUCCAUUAUCAGAUAUUUAUCACUAUCAUAAAGUAUUUGCCUGUACAUUUUAAGACUAAUGGACCUGUACACAUUCUUCCUGUUCUCUCCAUACAUUAUUUAAUGUCUUCAUUGAUUGUCAUGUAUGCUUUUUGUGUUAAAUAAAGUUUUUGAAGGUUUGUUUGUUUUACAUUUCAGAGAAAAUAAAAUGGGUCAUUGUUUUUCACUUGUUCCACUGCAGGGAUGUGCUCACUAGGUCAGCUAUCAAUUACCACACUUUACAAACAACACCAAAGCAUUUGGUUGCCUAGUGUAUUCAAGCUUCAUGCCGCCUUGGUUUCCGAUGCUCACGGUCUUGAGUAUGUUUUAUUAUAUUUGUCAACGGCGCCGGGCCAGGCUGGCUAGUAGAGGUGAAGUUAUCAACAGUCGCAGAGCCAUUAAAACAAACAUCCAUGCUUUACCAAUGUCCACUAAAGCUGUACAAUAUGCCAAAGAAGUACUUGAUUUUAGUU